AUGGAUACGGGAGAUAUUCUACCCAUCCUCUUUUACUACGAAGUCUACCAGAGAGAAGCAGAAAGAAGCAAAUACGGACAACGACGACGACGACGAAGCCAGCAGCAGCAGCAGCAUGACGAAGAGAGCAACCUCUCCACCUCAAGGCGAAAUCAACAGCAAAUCUGGAUCUCUUGGCGAUUCAGGGAUGGACUCAGAAAGGAUAUCUCGAAGCAGCAGAAGAAGCAAAGAGACCAGAGACCAGAGACUCAGAGACUCGGAGGCCUGUCCUCUCCCCCCUGCUCCAGCGUCUCUCAAGCACCAUCAUCAGCAUCAUCAGCACCAGCAUCAACACCAGCAUCAGCAUCCCUCCCUCCCUGUCCGCGCUGUCCGGUCCUCAUUGGAUCAAUGCAUGGGGCUUUUGUGGACUGUGGAUUCCAGAAGCCUUCCAUGGGAUUUCCGCUUUUGGCCGUAGCUAGGCCAGCUUCUUUGGCCUCUCAACGAAACAAAAAGCAAGCAUAA